UACAGAGUACAGUGUAUAGUUCCAUUGGUAUUUAAUUUUCAAGCUAAGCGACGAAGUAUACCUCGACUGUCUUGCUACUGUUGUAAUUAACAUAUAACAUGACAUCAGUAAACGUGGUAGAUAUAACUUUGCUGGUCAUGGCCAUAGCACUCCUGUUAGGAUUGUUUGCGGCAUUGUUUUUCUGCAAGUACUGCAACAAACGCACCGGGACAUCGUCUGCAUCCGGUGGCACUCCUGUCGGCAGCAACACUCAUGUUCAGUUCACCGCCACGGGAUCCAUCCCGAUUUACAUUCUUCCCGAGCGCAGUGCGGCGUUCCAUCACGUUCACGAUGCCGGACUAGACCGGUCGGUGCAUCCGGUUCCGAUCGACCAGCUUCUUAUUCUGUGUCCAUUCUCCUUCCGCUUCGAGAAUAGCCUUUUGAAAUACAUUGGAGCCAAGCUGCCGUUGUCCUUAUCCAGCGGAAUGCAUUCAAUCUGCAUAUGCGGAUGCGACUUAAGACGCGUAGCGGUUUCCAUGAAUACACAAUCCAUUUCGUUCUCUGCGAACAUACGGCAGACAGCUGAACGGAACUUCUGCAUCUCUUCCCAAACAUCUUCAUCCAAUCAUAUUCAUCAAAGUGCGAAACGGACAUACAUGUGUUGUAUGAUCCCGUGAUCCCGAGCCAGGGCGACAGAGCUGGUGGUUGUCACAGAUCCACCGUUACUGGUAGGCCGCCUACCAGUACUUUGUAGAUUUUAUAUAAUUAAAUUACACCUGAUUUUUUAUCGAAUCUCCGGGCCUCCUCGACAAAUGAAACUGUUUAACUCAACGCCGUCAACCGGUCUAUGUAAUAAGUAAAGGAAAGACACGAAUCAUGCACACUUUAUAGUCGGCGUUGGCACAAUUGGGACCGGAGACUCGUUUUUUCACGGCCAUCAGUCAUUUGAACUGAUUUCAGCGGCAAAUGCAUGCAGUAUAGUGCUCAUCUUGUGUUCGACAGAUCCUCCGACAUAAGUGAUCCUGUUCCGGGUUGAAGUGUGUUUGGGGCAAAUUCGCAGAUGAUUUUGUGUCUCCUCUGAGUAUAAGCGAUUUUUAUUUUCACUUUGACAUUGGUGAAAGAUUUGGCCAGUUGCAUGCGUUCCUGGAAGACAUGUACAGAUGCGAUCGGAUCCAUUGGUGGCUGGCUACGACACGCGCAAAAUUGACGCAGAAUGGUUUGGCAGAGUUCUUUAGAAGAACGGAAUCGUUUUCAGGUGCAUUGGAAAUCGAUACAGCACGCCACUGGAAUAUUUUCGACCUUCUCCAACGACAUCCCCGAAUCAGUCAUAAUUUUGUUAUAUUUUGGAUUUUUAACGCAGAAAGGGAAGACUUCCUGAGAACACACAUUCUACCAGAACUCUCAUCCCGUGUGGAUCUGCAUUCCGUCCUGAUACCUUUGAGCGCUAGUAGCGUCGAUCAAAACAAAUGGCUGUUUGUGAAUCAAGGAGCGAACGGGGAUGUGCAGUAUUUCAGACGACAGCCUGUGGCAUUGCAUCAGUGGUUUACACAGAAAUGCCAGGAUUUUGCAUAUGAGUCAUGUGCAUGGGGUCAACUCUUUGUUGAGCGUCGCCUUACAAUAAGUCUGUAUCGGUUGACUUAUCACACUGUACAUAUGGAUUUUGCUCCAAUCGGAUGCAAGACUCAGAACAGUAACCAGUCAAAAAUUUCCCCUACCGGUCAGCAGAGUCGGAAUGCGCAAGCGGCGAUUCUACCGAUAGUAGGAAUGGAUCCGGACACGUCCGUAACGGAGGAACGAUACAAGUCUACUGCUGAUAGCAGAGCGGUGUUGAAAAUGUAUUUCGAAGAAGUCAUCGAACACGAUGGUGACCAGACGAAUGACCAAAGUAAACUGGAAUAUCACGCCAACAUGACCGAUUUUUACACUUGUUCCGAUAUUAACCCGGUCACGAGAGAGCGAUUUCGCAUCCACGCAGGAGUGUAUCUGGUGACACAUGCGACGGCCGGAACUAUACUGCACUUUGUCUUCCCAUCCGCCUUACCGGAGGACCAGAAAGCAGCCAUCAAAGCUAUUUUUGAUGAUCCUCAGAUUAAUCGGUUCACGACUGUAGCGUUUGACGUGGAAUGUCAAGAAAGUAACGUUCAGUAUCGGGAUGCUCUGUUACAGAAUCAUGCGCAUCUUGCUGAACAGGAAAAGUUUUAUUUUCGUGUCAGCGAACAUUCUGGAAAGGAUACGGUUUUAAUGUCGGAUUCAUGUCACGCGGUCACCACGAUGCUGGCAAAAUAUGGGCAUCUCCUGUACCAGCGCUUCACUGGUACAAGUGAUACAGAGUGCCAACGCCUUGACCAUGUCCAGCUCUGGACCGAGUUUUAUAGUUUUUCGGCGAUUGAACGCAUUGGCAGCCUAGCAAACCAAUUUGAAGGCGCGAAACUGAACCGGACGUUUCAGUAUUCGCGUAAUAACUGUCGACGCCGCUUUCGCCAUCCCGCUGAAUACUGUCAGUUGAUCCUGAAACCCAUCUUGAUUAACAUUGCUGUGCAUAAUGAAGCAAUUUCCCGUAUCAACUGUACCAGUAUGGGAGCAUCAAUCGAUUUCGAUCAUGUAACCGGGCUGUGGAAACACAAAUCGGUUCCUCAACAUAUUGCCGGCAACAGGGAUCUUCCACUUCCCACAUGUUAUGAUAUUUUGCGUCCACAGCGGCCCGCGCAACGGGAAGGUAGAAUCCAGACGGAAGUGCUGGAACGACCCCAGUUGAAGGACCAGGAAAGCCAGACGGAAGUGCUGGAACAACCCCAGUUGAAGGACCGGGAAAGCCAGACGGAAGUGCUGGAACAACCCCAGUUGAAGGACCGGGAAAGCCAGACGGAAGUGCUGGAACAACCCCAGUUGAAGGACCGGGAAAGCCAGACGGAAGUGCUGGAACAACCCCAGUUGAAGGACCGGGAAAGCCAGACGGAAGUGCUGGUCCAGAGUAUUUACAUUCCAGAAGAGAUCCUGGACGCAACCUUAGCGGCUAACGCCUAGUAUGUACGGACUAUACAUCGCCAGUUCUUAGACGGUUGUCGUUGAUUAUUCUACUGACGUCCUUUAGUGAGCCAACGGUAUAUGUUCGUGCACUGAAUACUUAUCAUCGAUUUACAUUGUUUAAUUGGCAGAAUUGUCUGGUGUUCUCUGCAAUUUGAGUUACUAUUUUAUUUUGGCGUCAAUGGUCAAUAUAGUAUUCACGAUUUCAUGUACUCGUAUACGACGGACGAUACGUAAUCUGGCGGACCCGACUCUGUUCAGUUACUAACAAUUUGAAUAUUUGUUUUAUUUGUAAAAUUAAAAUUUGCUACAUCCUGCAAUUUUUUUAGCAGGCCAGCUCC